AUGUUCUUCACCCGCGCAAACUCGGCAGCUUGGGCCGCCGCGCGCUCCGCCGCCACUGCCCACCGCGCCUUUGCGACCGUCUCCCCCGUGACCUCUGCUGCCCGGAGCCACAAGGUCGUCGUCAUUGGUGGUGGCUCCGCCGGUGUCAACAUCAGCCACCAGCUGCUGCGCUCUGGCAGGUUCGCCCAGGAUGACAUCGCCGUCGUCGAUCCCGCCGAGUGGCACCACUACCAGCCCGGAUGGACCCUGGUCGGCGGUGGCCUGAAGACCAAGGAGGAGCUGCGCAGGCCCAUGGCCAGCCUGAUGGACCCCAAGCUCAAGUUCUACAACCACGGCGUCGGCACCUUCGCCCCGGGAGAGAACCUCGUCACCCUCGCCAACGGCGACAAGCUCAACUACGACCAGCUCGUCGUCGCCCCGGGCAUCAACGUCAACUUCGCCAGCAUCAAGGGCCUGCCCGAGGCCCUCGCCAACAAGGACUCCCUCGUCUCCUCCAUCUACGGCUACGACCACUGCGACAAGGUCUUCGGCACCAUCCAGAAGCUGACCAAGGGCACCGCCAUCUUCUCCCAGCCCGCCGGCGUCCUCAAGUGCGCCGGCGCCCCGCAGAAGAUCAUGUGGCUCGGCCUGGACCACUGGAAGCGCGCCGGCCUGUACAACCCCACCGACCCCCAAAAGUCCGCCAUCAACAUCAGCUUCGCCACCGGCCUGCCCGUCAUGUUCGGCGUGCCCAAGUACAGCGCCAAGCUCGACGAGCUGCGCAAGGAGCGCGGCGUCGAGGGCCUUUUCCAGCACGACCUCGUCGCCAUCGACGGCAACACCGCCACCUUUGCCCGCCCGGACGGCCAGGACCAGGUCAAGAAGCAUUUCGACCUGCUGCACGUCGUCCCCAAGAUGGGCCCCCACGCUUUCGUCAAGGAGAGCCCACUGGCCGACGCUGCCGGCUUCGUCGACGUCGACAACGCCACCACCCGCCACAAAAAGUUCCAGAACGUCUGGUCCGCCGGCGACGCCUCCAGCCUGCCUACCUCCAAGACCGCUGCCGCCAUCACCUCUGAGACGCCCGUCCUGGUCCGCAACUUGCUGCAGUCUCUCGACGGCAAGGACCUUGACGCAGAGUACGACGGCUACACCUCGUGCCCGCUGCUGACCGAGUACGGCAAGGUGCUGCUUGCUGAGUUCAAGUAUGGUGGCGUGCCCAAGGAGACGUUUGGCAAGGCUCUUGGCAUCGAUCAGGCCGAGCCGCGCCGCGCCUUCUAUCAUCUGAAGAAAGACUUCUUCCCUUGGGUCUACUACAAGUCCAUGGUCAAGGGCACCUGGGGCGGCCCCAAGGGCUGGCUGAACUAG